AUGCUUCCAGCACAGGGACUCGGCCACCGCUGUGUAGUAGUAGUAGACUGUACAGUAGUGCUGACUGAGUUCAGAGUUGAGCGUUCCGCUGAGUUGAUCGUUGGCCUGGCACUGGUGCUCCUACUGAACUGCUCAUGGAUCGUGGCCGUUCUCAUCGUAGUUGCACUGCUCCUGUUUUUCGUGAUAAAUUUAAUCAUGCGACAGGAGUCCAUGCUGUAUGUGCCCUGUGUUAUGCCUGGCAUGCAGACACCAAGUGAUAACCCAGAAGGCAUGCGCAGCCCUGCUGACCGGCAGAUGAAGUUUGAAGAUGUCUUCAUGGAGACGGUGGACGGCUUGCGAAUUCAUGCUUGGUUCUUGCCAGCAGGGGAUGCUUCAGCAACCCGGUCUUCACCGACUCUGCUCUUCUGCCACGCAAAUGCCGGGAAUAUUGGCCUUCGCAUACCAAAUUUCGAGCAUGUCAUCAAGAGACUUCGGGUGAAUGUCUUUGCUCUUGAUUAUCGGGGAUAUGGUCAGAGUGAAGGAACUCCUUCGGAGGAGGGUCUCAUCGAGGAUGCAUUGUGUGCGUGGAGAUGGUUGAAGAAGGAGUCUGAUGUUGGGCGCAUAGACGCGGAUCAGCUCUUUGUGUUCGGCCGAUCUCUCGGUGGAGCAGUUACCAUAGCACUUGCUUCUGAACUCCAAAAGCGUGCGCAGGGGCCGCUCCCGAGAGGGCUCAUAUUAGAGAACACGUUCACAUCUAUUAGUGACGUGGUUAAUGCGCUAUUCCCCAUUCUUGCAUUCGAAAGCCUGAAGAAGCGCUUCCUUCGAAUAAAAUGGGAAAGCAUUCAGAGAGUGCAGGACCUCGAGGUACCAAUGUUGUUCCUCACGGGUGAGAAGGAUGAGAUGAUUCCACCAUCGCACUCUCGACUGCUUCAUGCUCGUGCCGAAAAAUCGAGGCUGAAGCGGAAUGUGGUGUUUGCAGAAGGCCACCACAACGACACCUGGGAGAAAGGUGGCGAAGAGUACUGGGAGGUGCAGGCAACCUUCUUGCAGGAGUGCCUCGCACAGCCUGCAGGCUCAAAGAAGGUAAGUUCGCAGCCAACCGAACAGGUGGCGGAGGGCACCAACAUGAUGCCUGUCUCCUAA